AUGGCUGAAGAGAAGGUGACGCACGAGCCUAUGGCUGAAAAGUCCGACGAUGCUCAAUUCGAGACAUCGAGUCAAGUGCUAUCAGCUCACAAGAAAGACUCGAUUUCUGCAUUAGAUAACGACGCCCAUACCCGGGCGUUGACACGAAAGCUUCUAUGGAAACUGGACACGAGAAUCCUGCCAGUGCUCGCCCUUCUGUUCCUCUGCUCGUUCUUGGACAGAACCAAUGUCGGGAAUGCGAAGAUCUUGGGCCUCGAGACGGACAUCGGUGUCAGCAAUAGCCAAUACGCCAAUGGUCUUGCCAUCUUCUUCGCAUUCUAUAUCGCCGCAGAAUUGCCUAGCAACCUGGUGCUGAAGAAGUUCAGCCCACGGUUAUGGCUUGCCUUCUUGACUUCGGCCUGGGGCAUUGUCGGAAUGUGUCUUGGAUUCAUUCGAAACUACGGCGGCUUCUUGACCGUUCGAGCUUUUCUCGGGCUUGCGGAAGGAGGGCUCUUGCCAGGCAUGGUGCUGUAUCUUUCAGGAAUGUAUACGAGAGGCGAGCUUGCACUCCGCAUCGGCUUGUUCUACACAAGCGCAUCUCUCGCCGGAGCCUUUGGAGGUCUCCUCGCUCGCGGGCUCUCUGCCAUUGGACCGACUGGCGGGACCGUCGACGCGGGCUGGCGAUGGAUCAUGAUCAUUGAAGGCCUACUGACCUUCGCUGCCGGAGUGGCCUCCUAUUUCAUCCUUCCCAACAACGUCUCGACAGCUUGGUUCUUGCAGCCCGAGGAGCGGGAACUCGCCACACGCAGGCUCCGAAACGAUACGUCCACGCAUCUGCCUGAUGGUCAGCAGAGCGAAGGCGUCGAGAAAUUCCGAUGGUCGGAAGUCCGCCGCGGAAUCCUCAACGUUCAGCUGUGGCUUAGCGCAACGGCCUACUUCGCCAUCCUGUCCGGGCUGUACUCUUUUGGGCUGUUCUUACCGACUAUCAUCAAGGGGUUAGGCUACACGGCAAACGAGGCGCAGCUCUGGUCCGUCAUUCCCUAUGCGGUGGCAGCUGUCGUGACCGUCAUUGUGGCUGUCAUUUCCGACCGCAUGAAGCUCAGAGGCGUGGUGAUGCUGUGCACCCUUCCUUUGGCGAUUAUCGGCUAUGCCGCCAUCGCCAAUGUUGCAGAGAAGGACAACCACACAAAGUACGGCAUGACAUUCCUGAUGGCCACGGGCUUGUACGCCAGCGUCCCACCAGUGCUGGUCUGGAACUCCAACAACUCUGCUGGACACUACAAACGAGCCACGACAUCAGGCAUGCAAUUGGCGAUCGCGAACGCCGGUGGCUUUGUCUCUUCAUUCAUCUACCAAACCAAGGAGGCGCCUCAAUAUCACAAAUCGCAUAGCAUCAUUUUGGGCCUGUUAGUCUAUGCCUGGUUCGCGGUGUUGUGCAACGUCCUUUACUGCGCCAAGAUAAACCGGGACAAAGCCAAUGGCAAGUACGACAAAUAUAUCGGGUACGGGGAUGACCGAGAUCCAGAGUACAAGAUGGUCUUGUAA